CUGAUGUGGAUGCACAGGGAACUCAACCAACCAACUUAUAUUUUAAAAAAAUUUGUACAGAAGAUGGAAGCAAGGGCAGGAGAAGAUGGCUGAUCCUUGGCAAGAAUGUAUGGAUUAUGCAAUAUCCUUAGCAAGAAAAGCAGGAGAGAUGGUUCAAGAAGCUCUAAAAAAUGAGAUGGCUGUCAUGUUGAAGAGUUCUCCAGCAGAUUUGGUUACAGCCACUGACCAAAAAAUUGAAAAAAUGAUGCUUUCUGCCAUAAAGGAGAAGUUUCCUUCUCACAGUUUCAUUGGUGAAGAAUCAGUGGCUGCUGGGGAACACAGUGUCUUGACUGAUAAUCCCACAUGGAUAAUUGAUCCUAUUGAUGGAACUACUAACUUUGUGCACAGAUUUCCAUUUGUAGCUAUUUCCAUUGGCUUUGUUGUGGGCAAAAAGAUGGAAUUUGGAGUUGUAUACAGUUGUAUAGAAGAUAAAAUGUACACUGGCAGGAAAGGAAAAGGGGCUUUUUGCAAUGAUCAAAAACUUCAUGUGUCGGGACAAGAAGAUAUUACAAAGUCACUUUUGGUGACAGAAUUGGGAUCUAACCGACAACCAGAGAUUGUAAAAACUAUUCUUUCAAAUAUGGAGAGACUUCUUUGUAUUCCUAUUCAUGGAAUAAGGGGUGCUGGUACAGCAGCAAUAAAUAUGUGCCUGGUGGCAACUGGAGGAGCAGAUGCAUAUUAUGAAAUGGGCAUUCACUGCUGGGAUAUGGCAGGAGCUGGUGUUAUUGUUACUGAAGCUGGUGGAGUGCUUUUGGAUAUAACAGGGGGACCUUUUGACUUGAUGUCACGAAGAGUAAUUGCUGCAAGCAGCAAAGUCUUAGCAGAAAGAAUUGCCAAAGAAAUUCAGCUAAUACCUCUUCAGCGAGAUGAUGAAGAGUAAUUGAGAUGGUUUGAGUGUAUGGUUUAAUUGUAAACUGCUUUUCCCUGUGUCACUUGAAAGGGUGGCAAUCAUUCAAAUCCAGCUGCAAUUUGAGCUUAGAUAUUUAGUGCCUCUUUCAAAAGUAUAAGGUUGAUUUUAAACUGUCCCUGAUUUCCAGAUUAUACAAAUUAAAAUUUCCUUGGCUUAGAAAAGUACAAAAAAGCAAUUUUUAAAGUUCUUUUAAAGGGGGAGGGAUACAUGGAGAGGAAGAGAGAGAACUCCAAAAUAAAUAUGAUUCAUAAAAUAUUAUCCAGUCAUUUGAAAUAGUCAAGGAGAAACUGUGGAGAAGUUUCUGGAUAUACAGUCUUCAGAAUAUCCUAUUAACUUGAUUUUUUAAUACUUAUGUGCCCUUAGGUUAAAAACAAACUUUUGUAGGAAGAAAAUCUUAGGGCUACAAAAGCCAUAUUUUGUUGAAGUAUAAAAGUAAAAAAUUACUUAUUUGGAUUGUAAUUUCUUAUGUAACAUGGACCUUAAAUCAUAUUUUGAAGGGAAUAAUUCAAGAAUCAGAAUAAUUGUAGAAAGGUUGAGUUAAGUGGACUUAUUUGGCACCAAGUCUAAUUAUUAUUAAAGGGAAUUUGUUCAGUGAUUAGAUACUUGUUAUUUCAUAUAACUAUAUCCCACUUAGGAGUAUUUGAAGUUAAUAUGGUUUAUGUAACUACUUGGAUCAUUGUGCCAGUCAUAGGGAGAAUUUAUUUUAAACUAUAUGUUAACUAUACUACUGCAGUGCAGUUGUAGGAAUAAGACUAUAUUUAAAGGAUGCCAAAAUAAACAAUGGAAAAAUUAGGAAAAAUUGUUUGGAUUAGAUAUUUGAUGCCAUUUUGAUCUUCCAAAGAGUCUUUUAUUCAGUUCAGCAUUUUGACUGAUUUUAGUCAUAUUGGAUGUUUUUGUAAACAUUGCAGUGCAAAUAGAGUAGACACAUAUUGACCUAUUUGGUGUCUUCUAAAAGUGGUUCUUCUGUUCCACUUCCAGUAGAGCCUGUAGCUUCAACCUUCCUCAGCAACCUUUUCCAUUCAUAAAGAGUAAAAUUGCACUGAUUAAGAAAUACUUUAAGAGAAUUAAUUUAUUGAAGACCAUAGCCUGAAAUGAAAGUGGAAUAUAGAAGCUUUUUGUUAAUUUAGUGUGUUUCAAUGUUUAAAAUGUUCAAGGAAGGGAGUUACAUUCAUUGUCUUGUAUGUUGAAUAGGUGAUACUAAAGGAUAAGUAUUAUAAUUCUUGUACUUAUACAGUUGAUCAGUAUAAGUACUUUAAACAUCAUGUACUGUAUUAUUCCCAAACGGAUUUGUUUUUUUAAAAAAUUCACUUUGUGAAAAUAUCAAUAAAAAACAUUGAAAUUUAAA